AUGGAGAUGUCUAUUGGAACCGACAGCUCCACACUCAGGAGCUGCUGUCUUGCAGAGAUGCUAGAAGCCCCUUGUGCUACUCCACUGAUCUGUAGCUUUGGAAGGCCAGUUGACCUGGAGAAGGAUGACUAUCAGAAGGUUAUAUGCAACAACGAACAUUGUCCAUACAGCACUUGGAUGCACCUUCAGUGCUUCUACGAGUGGGAAAGCAGCAUCCUCGUCCAGUUUAAUUGCAUUGGCAGGGCCAGGAGCUGGAACGAAAAGCAGUGUCGCCAAAACAUGUGGACAAAGAAGGGAUAUGACCUGGCUUUUCGCUUUUGCUCCUGUCGGUGUGGGCAGGGUCACUUAAAGAAGGACACUGACUGGUACCAAGUGAAGCGAAUGCAGGAUGAUAAGAAGAAAAAAUCCGUGUUGGAGAAGAGUACAGGAAGGUCGAUGGCAGAGUCAGCAGAGGAGGCCAAAAAGGGCAGGCCGGCCAACAAGCCGCAGAAAGGCUUGAGUAAUGACCUCCAGCGAAGGCACUCGAUGGACAGGCAGAACUCGCAGGAGAAGGGCGUCAUGGGCAGCAGCUAUGCCGUUCGUUCGCCUUGUGUCUCUCCUGGCCAGUCCCCACCCACUGGCUACUCUAUUCUUGCCCCCACGCAUUUCAGUGGCCCUCGUUCCUCGCGAUACUUGGGAGAGUUUUUGAAGAACGCCAUUCACCUGGAGCCCCAUAAGAAGAACAUGGCUGGUGGGGGCAUGUUCAGGAACGCACAUUUUGAUUAUGGGGCAGCUGGCUUGCAAGCGCAUAGAUCAGGACACUUUGAUGCCCCUGUGCAGUUUUUGAGAAGGCUCGAUCUAUCUGAGCUGCUUACUCACAUCCCCAGGCAUAAAUUGAAUACUUUCCAUGUGCGGAUGGAAGAUGAUGCCCAGGUGGGCCAAGGGGAGGACCUUCGGAAGUUCAUCCUUGCUGCUCUUAGUGCCAGCCACAGGAACGUUGUAAACUGUGCCCUAUGCCACAGGGCGCUGCCAGUGUUUGAACAGUUUCCGCUGGUGGAUGGGACCCUGUUCCUUAGCCCAUCGAGACAUGAUGAGAUUGAAUAUGAUGUUCCCUGUCACCUUCAAGGAAGGCUUAUGCACCUCUAUGCUGUUUGUGUAGACUGCUUAGAAGGGGUUCACAAAAUUAUCUGCAUUAAGUGCAAGUCCCGAUGGGAUGGAAGCUGGCAUCAGCUGGGAACUAUGUAUACCUACGAUAUUCUGGCAGCAUCUCCCUGUUGUCAGGCUCGACUGAACUGUAAGCACUGUGGGAAGCCAGUAAUAGAUGUACGGAUUGGCAUGCAGUAUUUCUCUGAAUACAGCAACGUCCAGCAGUGUCCUCACUGUGGAAAUCUAGACUACCACUUCGUGAAGCCAUUUUCUUCAUUUAAAGUUUUGGAGGCUUAUUGA